UCCAACCUCCAAUCCUCCUUUUCACACCCUGCAUUAGAACAUGGAAUCAAGCCUCUAUCCUCUUUUCUCUUCCACCUCUUCUUCUUCCUCCUCCCCUCCACUCCCUCAAGCCCAGACUCCCAAGACUAGUUACCAGAGCCCGUGCGCCGCCUGUAAGAUUCUCCGCCGCCGCUGCGCCAACCAAUGCAUUCUCGCACCUUACUUUCCUCCCACCGAGCCCCUUAAAUUCACCACAGCUCACCAUGUCUUCGGCGCCAGCAAUAUCAUCAAAUCUCUGCAAGAGCUGCCGGAAAGCCAAAGAGCAGACGCAGUGAGCAGCAUGGUCUACGAGGCCAACGUAAGAAUCAGAGACCCGGUUUACGGCUGCGCCGGCGCUAUCUGCUAUUUACAGAAGCAAGUAGUCGAUCUCCAGGCGCAGCUUGCUCGCUGCAGAGCCCAGCUCCUCGCCGUCGAGACCCAACACGCCCAAAUCCUCACUCUCUUCUACAAGGACAUGGACUUCUCCUCCUUGCCACAGCUUCCAGUUAACUCUCCUUCUGCUGCUUUGAAUCCCUUUGAAGGCUUGGAUGAUUUCCUUCUUGACGAUAACAGCCAUGGCACCAUCAGGGAAGAAACACUGUGGGCAUCUUGAUGAGAAGAAGUUUGUCUGGAUAUUCUGGUACAAAUUAGAAUCGGAAUGAGUUUGAAUAAUGAAGAAUUUGUGUACGGAUAUACUGACAAAAUUAUCAUUAGAAUAGGCUUCAUUGCUCUUGAAAAUUCAAGAGCAUUCAAGCUUAUAAUAAUGCAAUUUAUGUCAGUAUAUUCUUACCUAUUUUUUUUCGAAUAUUAUUGAGUUUAUUUUGAGAUUAGUGGGAUAUAUGAAGACUUUAUAUUGCAUUGAUCUCAAGUUAAAUUUAAUAAUAAUGAAGCUCAUUAUGAGAUAAUUUGUGUCAGGAUAUUCUAAUAUAAUUUUAGUCACAGCUUGAUAAUGAUUUAG